GAGGUUGAGACACAGACGCGGAGAAAGAGAGAGAAGAAGGAGAAGAGAGAGAGAGAGAGAGAGAUGGCGAUGGCGAUGGCGGCGGCGAAGGGAGGAGUGGCGGUGGAGCUGGAGAAGAUGAGCGUGGAGCAGCUGAAGGCGGUGAAGGAGCAGACGGAUCUGGAGGUGAACCUCCUGCAGGACAGCCUCAACAACAUCCGCUCCGCCACCGCCCGCCUCGAGUCCGCCUCCUCCGCCCUCCACGACCUCUCCCUCCGCCCCCAGGGCCACCCCAUGCUCGUCCCCCUCACCGCCUCCCUCUACGUCCCCGGCACCCUCGACGACUCCGACAAGGUCCUCGUCGACGUCGGCACCGGCUACUUCAUCGAGAAAACGAUGGCCGAAGGCAAGGAUUACUGCGAGCGCAAGAUCAAUCUGCUCAAGUCUAAUUUCGACCAGCUCAUCGAGGUGGCAUCAAAAAAGAAAAGCAUAGCAGAUGAAGCUGGGGCAAUCUUGCAGAUGAAGCUGAAGCAAUUAUCUCCAACAAGUUAGACACGAUUGGCAACACAUCAUUUAUGCAGAUCAGUGGAUCCCAAUUUUGCUGUGGGAAAACUGCUUCUUGGACAAUGUAGUGUGCAUCUGACGAUGCUAGUCAUGUAUGAUUUUGGUCAAAGGUGAUUGCCUUUCUGAAUCCAGAAGUUUUAUGGCAUAGGGACAGUGAUUGAACUCAUUCAAGGGGUAAAGGGAAAGGAUUGAAGCAGAAGACUUAAUGUGGAUAUCAGCUGUUAAUAUUUCUAUGGCUCAUGCUGCGUCAUUCUCAUUUAAAACUGGUAAGAUGUCUGAAAAUCAUUCGUGAUUUUCCUUUUGUGUAAUUUUUAUUUGGGGUCUUUUAGCUUUCUCUGGUUAUCCUCCCUGUUUAUAUCGCCAAUUCAGUAUGGGAGUGUUGGAGCUGAUACCGGUAACUUCUCUCAAGAUGAGAGGGAGAAGAACAGAAAGUGGCCGUUGUUUUAAAUCAUUUGUCCUUGUCACUAAAACUUAACACGCGAGUUGAUUGUAUGUUGCAUUUUAAGUUGAAGAAAUUCCUUUGAUUUGGUUCCA